GGAACUGGAAGAGGGCAGGAAGAGGAGUUUCGACCCGGACACGUGUUGUAUGCGCACCUCCUUCACUGUGGCUUGUUUCAUGGACAUUUAUCGUUGUUGUGAAGUUUGUUUAGCGGUGGAUUGAUAAGAGCCUUUGCAUUUACAACAUCUUUAACGUGUGUUCUGUCUCACCUCUCGAACUGGCAUGUCUCAGGACAGUCAACAUGGCAAGUGGACCAUCUCCAGCAGUGAUGAUGAUGAUGAGGCUCUUCCUUCCUCAGGGACUACAACAUCGAAGCCUCACCGACCUGCUGUACCCAAUCACAGCUUCUCUCGGUCUGCCCGUCCCCCCAGCCCCAAACUGGAACCAGCAACAGCCUCUCUGGAGGUGAAACCAGAACCAGCUAACACCCCAGUAUCCUCACUGUUUAUUGGCUCUGAGGCCAGACAGUCUGCUGCACUGAGCCAGUUAAAUCCAGUGAAGUAUGAAACUAGUCCGUCAUUGGCUGGAAAGCGGAAGAAAGAAGUGUCAGAUGGCUCAGGCUGGGCUCUGUCAGAUAGUGAUGAUGAUGAUGAUGGAGAUGUGAAGGGGAAGAGUCUCAAAAGCUUACCAAAGAGGGAUCCUCCAAGUCCCAAAGCAAAGAAAGCAAAGGUGGAGAACGAACGCCCUCCGAGUCCCCACGGACGGCUCUACUACAUCGACGAGCCAGAGGACUUCUUUGAGUCCAGUGUCCCCUGUCUAAAUGACACCUACAGGUUUUACCUCAACAAAGUCACAGGCCUGGACAAGAAGUACAACAGUGGAGCUCUGCACAUCAGAGACAUUCUCUCACCAUUGUUUGGGACCCUGAAAGAAUCUGUUCAGUUUAACUAUUGCUUUGAUAUUGCCUGGAUGGUUAAGCAGUACCCACCAGAGUUCAGGGAUCGUCCUGUUUUGAUCGUCCAUGGAGAUAAGAGGGAGGCCAAGGCCCGGCUGGUGCAGCAGGCUCAGCCUUUUCCGCAUGUUCGAUUCUGCCAGGCCAAGCUGGAUAUUGCAUUUGGAACUCACCACACGAAGAUGAUGUUGCUGUGGUAUGAGGAAGGCUUCAGGGUCAUCAUCCUGACCUCCAACCUCAUCAGAGCUGAUUGGUACCAAAAAACACAAGGGAUGUGGAUGAGUCCCUUGUUUCCACGGUUACCAAAAGGUAGCAGUGCGAGUGCAGGUGAGUCACCAACCUUCUUUAAGAGGGACCUGCUGGAGUACCUGACAUCUUACCGUGCCCCAGAGCUUGAGGAGUGGAUCCAGCGAAUCAAAGAGCAUGAUCUGUCAGAGACCAGGGUUUAUUUGGUCGGCUCAACCCCAGGAAGAUACUUAGGUUCGGACAUGGAGCGCUGGGGCCACCUGAGGCUGAGGAAGCUGUUGUAUGACCACACAGAUCCUGUUCCAGGCGAGGAAAGGUGGCCUGUGAUUGGCCAGUUUUCUAGCAUUGGCUCUAUGGGACUGGAUAAGACCAAAUGGUUGGCAGGGGAAUUUCAACGCACCUUGACCACACUAGGGAAAUCCUCCCUCCGCUCAGACCCCCCCAUGCACUUAUUGUAUCCAUCAGUUGAAGAUGUGAGGACUAGUUUAGAAGGUUAUCCAGCGGGAGGCUCUCUUCCCUACAGCAUCCAGACAGCCCAGAAACAAACCUGGCUUCACUCCUACUUCCAUCGUUGGAAGGCGAAUACGACGGGGAGGAGUCAUGCCAUGCCACACAUCAAGACAUAUAUGAGGGCGUCACCAGAUUUCACUGAGCUUGCCUGGUUCCUCGUCACAAGUGCCAACCUGUCCAAAGCAGCUUGGGGUGCACUGGAGAAGAACAACACUCAGGUGAUGGUUCGCUCGUACGAGCUGGGAGUCCUCUACGUGCCCUCCGCCUUCAACAUGAAGACCUUCCCUGUUCACAAAAAUCCAUUUCCUGUGUCCUCGUCCUCCUCUGGUUUCACUGUGCCCUUUGACCUCCCUCCUACGUGCUACUCUCCUAAAGAUCAGCCUUGGAUAUGGAACAUACCGUACAGCCAGGCUCCCGACACACACGGCAACAUCUGGGUUCCUUCCUGAGCACACACACACACAGACCUCUCUAUUCCUUUUAAACUGCUGUUUGUGACUGUUAGUUGUCAGUAACAUUUAUUUUUGUAUUUUAUACUGUACUGUAGACUGAUAUUUUCUACCAAUAAAUAAAACAAUGUUAUCAUUG